GUGUGUGUGUGCACUUACAUAUCUUACUUCAUGGGGUCCCACCGCAUGGAGCACACCCACCGCGGGGGGCCCACAACCGGUAUGGGGCCCUAAAUGGUGGGCCCCACACCGGUUUUCAUUCAAAAUGAGCUUUGCAGCCCCCCCUGAUGCCCCUCUUGCUUUUUUUUCACUUGGCCCACAAGGUCACAAAAACUGGAAAUGUGUGUGUAAGUGUGUGUAAACUUUUUGCUCACUACCGCCCCCCGGAGCUUGUAAGGUGGAAGGUACGGACACACACACACCGGAAGUUUGUUUACACACUUCAGGAAGUGGGUAGGGUUUUAACAAGAAGAAGAGGAAGAUCAAGCUCAAGAUUGACAGCAUGCAACAGAGCCAUUAUGUCCAAAAGGAGGAGAAGGAUAAAGCCUGUAGAUGAUGCAAAGACAUAUAUUCUGUCUUGCACUGACAAGUCUGGAUUUAUGUCAAGACUCAUAGACAGUUUCAAAGGAAGAGGAGUGUUUGCUACGCAGCCCAUUGAACCAGGGGACUUUGUUUUGGAGUACAGGGGUAAACUCCUCACACAGGAAGAAUGCCAGUCACUAACGUACUCAGAGAUUGACUCCACAUUUCUCUUUGAUUUUGAGUGGCAGAACCGUCACUUGUGCCUUGAUGCAUCUAAAGAAGAUGGAUCUCUUGGAAGAUUAGUCAAUGACAACCACAAAAAUCCAAAUUGUGUCAUGAGAAAAAUCAUAGUAAACAACAAGCCGCACUUGUGCCUUUUUGCCCUGAAGAAAAUAGAGAUAGGAUCUGAAAUUGACUACAGCUAUGGUGAUGCAAAAUGGCCUUGGCGCAGUAUGGUGAAGACUCCUGCAGCAGCAGAGACAGAGACCAGCCCUCUACCUCAGAUGUUCCACAUGGAAUCAAAGCCAGAUGAGACUAACGCACAGGUGAAAGACCCUCAGACUCCUGCAGCAGCAGAGACAGAGACCAGCCCUCUACCUCAGAUGUUCCACAUGGAAUCAAAGCCAGAUGAGACUAACGCACAGGUGAAAGACCCUCAGACUCCUGCAGCAGCAGAGACAGAGACCAGCCCUCUACCUCAGAUGUUCCACAUGGAAUCAAAGCCGGAUGAGACUAACGCACAGAUGGACAGUGGACCAGAGGUUUCUCGUCAUUUGUGCGAUUCAGAUGAAACUGUUCUGAAAGAAGCCUGUGAUGAGGCUUCUCCAAACAACCAUUCCAGAGAGCAAUCAGAUGAUGAACUUGUUCCACCUCUGAGACGCACAAAAAGCAUUAUGAUGGAUCGACUACAAGAUUUUGCUGGCUGUCUCUACGAUUCAAGUGAUGACAGCACAGAGGGCACUUUGAUUUCUAAGCCUGAAAGGGAUUCACAGAGGCUGAGAAGAUGCUCUCGCCAUCCUAUUCAGAUGCCUCUUGUGGAAUCAGAUAACUCUAACAUUGGCAGUGAAGAUGAGUACAUUCCAUGUCCCAAGGACGAAAGCACAGAAAGUGAUAGCAGUUUGGAAUUAACCCUGGAAGAUAAAAAAAGGAACAAAGGUGCAUCUAGUGAGAGCAGAAGAAAGUCUUCCAGUCGGAGCAAGUUUAUGCCCAGGGAGAGUGGAAGUGAGUCCUCCAAGCAGAAAAGAAGCAGGUCUUCCAGUCGGAGUCAGCUUGAUUUUAGCCAGAAGAGACCCUUUAAAACAGGUCAUGACCCCACACAAAUAUUUCCGAAUAGCAGAGUUGAUGGUAAUGAAAAGAAAAUAGUUGCAACAUAUUCUAAAAAGGAUGUGAGUGUUUCAAUGCCCCUGGAAGAAGAGCAGUCUAUGUAUGUCAAUCCAGUAUUAAAGAAGAUGGAUGGGUCUAGAAGCUACAACAAAAAACAUUUCUGCUUUUAUUGCAGAAAGUUUGUCCAGAAAAUGUCAAGGCACUUGUGGCGUAAACACCAAGAUGAAACAGAUGUUGCAAAAGCAUUCAGUUUGCCAAAGAACUCAAAAGAAAGGAAACUGCAGUUGGACUAUAUACGAAAUAAGGGGAACUUUGAGCACAAUAGUGAGGUUUUGGAGACACAGAAAGGCAAACUCAUCCCAUGGAAGCAACCACAGAAAAAAUCUGAAGGACAGGAAUUUGCACAUUGUAUUCACUGCUAUGGUUUGUUCUCAAGAAGAGCAAUGUGGCGGCAUUUUCAGGUUUGCAACUUCAAACCUGAGAGUAGUAAACCUGGUAAAACUCGUGUUCUAUCUUUGUGUGCUUUCGCUGAACCUGCUCCACCUGGAUUUAAUGAUGCUUAUUGGAAGUUCUUAAGUGUUAUGAAUCAAGACAGGAUUGCAGUUGCUAUUAAAGAAGCCCGCUGUAUUCUUGAAUAUGGUUACAGACUGUUCAGGAAGAACGAGAAGGUGGUCAGUCAACACCAGUAUAUUCGGCAAAAACUGAGAGAGCUUGGCAGGCUGUUAUUGAAAGCAAGACAAGUUACACAUGUGAAGACCAUCCAAGAACUCAUAAAACCUGAACAGUACAGUCAGGUGGUCACUGCUGCAAAGAGCCUAUCUGGAUUCAGUGAGCAAACUGGCAAAUACCAAUGUCCGUCUCUUGCUCGCAAGGUUGGACACAGCUUGUAUUCUUUGGCCAUGUUUAUCAAGUCCGAAGGCCUGAAAAAGAAAGAUAAACAAGCUACUCAAGAUGCUGAGGAGUUUGCGCUGCUUUAUCAAGAAAGUUGGAGAUUUGACAUUGCAAGCCAAGCAUUAACUCAACUUGACCAGACCAAAUGGAAUGCUCCUCUACUGUUACCUUUCACACAAGAUAUUCAAAAGUUUCAUUGUCAUCUAGCUGAGAAACAGCAGCAACAUUUGAAUGAUCUGCAAAAACACUCAUCACCAUCAAACUGGAAGGAGCUUGCAAAAGUUACCCUCACACAAGUUGUACUGUUUAACCGGCGGAGAGGAGGGGAAGUGUCCAGGAUGCUUCUGUCUGCGUAUCUAUCAAAGGACACAUCAGACACACAUGGUGAUGUUAGCUUGGCCCUUACACCGCUUGAACAGAAGCUGUGCAAGCAUUUUGUAAGGAUUACAAUUGUAGGAAAGAGAGGAAGAAAGGUUCCAGUUCUUUUAACCCCAAUCAUGAGAGAGUCACUUGAUGCUCUGACUGAGAAGAGAGAAGAAUGUGGAGUGCUGUCUGAAAAUGGAUAUCUGUUUGCAUUACCUCACUCUGUCCAUUACAUAAGGGCUUGUGACUGCAUAAGGCAGUUUGUGAACGAAUGUGAUCACCUUGAAAAUCCUAAAGCAUUAACAUCAACAAGACUAAGGAAACAUAUCGCCACCCUCUCUACUGUAUUGAACCUUAAGACCACAGAACUCGAUCAGUUGGCAGACUUCCUUGGCCAUAAUAUUGCUGUCCACCGAAAGCACUACCGCCUUCCGGAGGGCACCCUCCAGUUGGCCAAAAUCAGCAAAGUGCUUCUGGCAAUGGAACAGGGACGCCUAGGAGAAUACAAAGGAAAGAGCCUGGAUGAGAUUCAAGUUGACGUGAAUGAGACCAUCGGCAUAGAGGGGCCUUUAGAAGAGGACAUUGAAGGAGAACAGGGGUCAGAAGAUGAGAGUAUGUCAUCCCUGAACAUCUGUACCUCAACAUCACAAGUCCAAAACCAGAGAGUGUCUCCAACAGAUGUCAGUAUGCCAGGACAACAGGGGUCAGAAGAUGAGGUCAGCACAUCAUCCCUGCAAGAAUGUACCUCCACAUCACAAGUCCAAAACCAGAGUGUGUCUGCAAGAAAGAGAGGUAAGCAAGCUCCUGUGAGACGUUGGACACCAGAGGAAAUUGCUGCAGUAGAAAAACACCUGAAGAAGUUCAUUGUGAGGCAAGAUGUUCCAGGUAAAGCGGACUGUGAGCGCUGCAUUGCUUCAGAACCGCAAGCGCUACAAAAAAGAGACUGGAAAGCAGUCAAAUAUUUCAUCAAAAAUAGAAUAACUACCAUGAGAAGAAAAUUCUAAUGAAAGCAGUUCAACGAUCAGAGGUAUGGACACACAUUUUCAGUUUGGGUCCUAUACUUUGUUUAAAUGUUUUGAAAUGUACUGUAGUUUAAAGUAGCUGCUGUGGUUUUAGCAGUCAACAACACAUUAAACAAGUACAUGUUUGGCAAAGUCAAAUGUUUGUUUAU